ACUUUCGAUAUUAUAGAGAAUUACUCACUAUACUCUGGUUCCGGUCCUGUUAAUCACUGUUAUUGACCUAGAGAGCUAGUCUAUGUGCCUAAACAAUAUCAACAUUUGAGUAUGAAGUUGCUUUUUAUAUAAUAAUAUAAUCAGUCGUAUCUUUACUGCUUUAACUGCUAAAAAUCAGAUCAGAUCUAGACUAGAUCGUAGCAGCUAGCCGAGACUUAAACGAGGGCGAGGAGCCGAAAGUAAUUGAAUUCAACAUUAACCAUUUAAAUGGAGGAAACAAGUUCACCAACAGCUGAAAACAGCAAUACAAUUUACAUUUGGAAAUUUCCCAUAGACAGAUCAUAUGUCAAGUCUAUAAGUAGCAUUCUAAAAGUAGCAGCUGCAUGCAUAGCACUUAUUGCUUUUAUCUGCUGCGCCUCAGGACGGUCAGAUGUGUGUGAUAAAAGCUACUCGUCCACCUACAACUUCUUUGAGUUUGUCACUAUGUCAUCAUUCAUCACCCUUCUGAUUCUGUGGUUCUUUUUUGCCCUGACUUUGAAUACAAAACUGUUUUUCAAACUACUGCCCUGGACUCUUAUAGAUCUGGGUUACCUGAUACUGUACAUCGUACUCUACCUAAUUGCAAACAUUGUUCUGGCCGCCCAGGCAUGUGGCAAAGACAGCAAUAAAGCUGGCGCAGCUUUUGGCUUUUUCGCAAUGUUUUGUCUGUGUGGGAAUUUCUUCUUUGUAUUCCGUGAUUGGCGGUCAUCAAGAAAUCAGUCGGCUUCUUCCAGCGCAGGAAAAACUCAGGAGUACAACUCUGAGCGCAACAUAGAGCAAUAUUAACCAAAUUUAAUACUGUUUAAAUGAUCAUAUUAUGUUUACAUUUGGUGAUAAACAUUUAUUGUGAAAUGUAUUGUGAUCCAGCUAUGACUAGUAUAGUAACAUGACUAUCUAAACAUUUUGUUUCUUGCUGCCAAACUUUACUGCACCCUUUAACUUUUGAGCCCGUGCAAUUACUUACCUACCACCGUAACUAUUUUAUACACCAAUUACUCUUCAGAAUGCUUCUGGCUGAUAUUUUUAGAUUAUUCUUAUUUUUAUAAAAUCUGAUGAGCUGUGAAAAAUUUAAUGUUACCUUUUUUUAAAAUACUUUAUGAUUAAUGUUUUGAAUAAUUUACAAAGCAAUUUUUUUUUUAAAUUUGUAUUUACUAAACACUAUAUUAUAAACUAAUAAAGUUUAAAAAUCAUUAUUUCAGACUAUAAAUAAUCCGGUUAUUGAAUUUGUGAAUAAUUUAUGUUCUUUUAAUUAAACAAUGUAUUUAAAGAUUUUAUGCAAUUUAUCAGUUAUUCAUUAGAAUUUUAAAAAUUCUCUGUGUUAGUGUUUAUUGAGAGAAAUUUAGGAAGGUAAUAAGUUAAAAGUCUUAAUAAUUAUGUACAUUUUCUAGUGUCAAGCAAAUGUAAUAACAAUAGCAGUAAAUCAAAUAUUUAAAUCUUUAAAUGAAAAUGUAGUAAUUAUAAUUAUUGAUAUUGUAUUUAAAUUAAACUAUUAAAUUAUUAUUAAAUUACAUAAAAUAAAUUGUCAAUAUAUAAUACUUUAUUGUAAAAAUGUGUUCUUGUUAUUGAUGAAUGAAUAUAUAUUUAUUUUAGAAUACAUUGUAUUUAGCUGCUGAAAUACCAGAGACAAAUUAGAAUAAAGUGCAAACAACAAAAUAAAAUUUUUGAGUACAGAGUUAUUAAAGUGUGAUGUAAUUCUUAUAAGAGUGAUUGAUGCUAUAACCAUUCCACUAUUUAUAACUGUUGUUGAUCAAUGAAAAUAUACACGUAUUUAUGUUAUUCUAAAUUAUAUAUUUUUAUACUUAUUCUGCCUUUAAAAUUAAUAAGCAAUUCAAAUGAAUCAUUUUAAUUGUUUAUUUGAUGUUUUACAGUAGUUUUUUUAAAAAUCAGUAUUAAUAUUACCAUCAUAUUUUAGUUUUACCAACUGGGAAGUAAAUCCAUUUCAUUUUGAUUUCAUAAAAAAAAGAAGUGUUUACAUCUCACAUAAGGACUGUUAGGUCUCAACAAGAUUUGAAUUGUCACAUUUUUUUGUAACGAAGUUAUGUCCUGUUAUUGUAGUUUUAUUUUUUUUAAAUUAAAUUUUUAAAUUGUACUUAAUUUAAUUUUCCUCACUAAAUUUACCUGUUCUUAAUCUAAAGAAAUAUUAACUUUUAGCUAAUGUGAAACAAAAAAGGUUAGUGCCUGUGUGCUAUUUACACAAGAGUUAUUAUGUAUGCUUUUUUAAAUAUAGUUAUUUCUAUUAGAUUUGCUUUGACAUGGGUUACUUCCCUGUUUUUUAACUCUCUUACAUAAUAUAUCAUCAGUAAAACUGUAUGAGUUAACAUGGUGUAGUUGUAAUGUAUGUUCAACAUUGCCAAGAUCAAAUUGUAAACAUAUUCAUUUAAUUUGUUUGUGGACUUAACACCCCAGCUAUGUACAGCACAUAUUAGAUGUUCAGUUUUAAUUUUAAGAAUUUUGCUGUAAUUUUGCUCACUUAUUUUAAAACACUUUUUUACAUAAUAUUUUUUUUUUUAAACUUGUUUUAUUUCCACAAAUCCAAAUGAAUUAAA